UUAAAUUUUUAGAAAUUUUAUCAAAUUCAUUUGAUUGAAUGUGACAAAUUUAAAUGACUUAUUAUGUAAUUGAGACAAGGUGGGUGAGGCAAUAUCUUUUAUUGGAUCAACUUCUGUUGGUGAGAGAGACAAAUGACUGGUCCAUGUGGCUGUCAGAGUGUUCUGAAGGAGAUGAGACAAGUAACUCCCUGACCUGAAGCUUUGUUCUGGUGAAAUAUGCUGCCACGUGAAGCUGCCACCCCACUUCUGUACUGUAAAUGUUGACUGAAUAAAGAACUGGAUUUUGACUGGCUCUACGUGACAAAAUAAGACUCAGGUCACCUGAAGUGACAUGUCCCUUAAACCGUUACUCUGUUAUGAAGUAGUUGAAACAUGGAACUCCUUUACUUGAAACUUUGGGCUGGUCUACACUAAAGCUGUAAGUCGACCUAAGUUACGCUACUUCAGUUACGUAACUGAAGUUGAUGUAACUUAGGUCGACUUACAGUGGUGUCUAUGCUGGGAGACACUCUUCUGCUCACUUACCUUCUACCUCUUGGGGAGAUGGAGUACAGAUGUCGAUGGGAGAGUGCUCUGCCAUAACUUAGCUUGUCUUCACCAGACCCGCUAAAUUGAUACCACUGCAUUAAUCACAGCGGUGCUGAUUUAACCUGCUUCCUGUAAAGUAUUUUGUAGAAGAAUGCAUUCUUCAAAGAAUAAAAAUGUAGAAAAGCCAGAACCAUUUUAUAGACCUUCAGUACCUAAGCAGAAGACCAGUGCUGAGAUAAUAAAUGAAGCACGAAAUGCACUAAGGACUUUAAGAACUCAGAGGCCAUUUACACCUAGGGAGGACCAAAGGAAACUUUUUGGAUCUGCAUCUUCACGAACACCAGAAAAUAGACCACCUUCCACUUUUAGUCUCCACGCUUCCAGUUUUGAAUCCGGUGAAUCAAGACUGGUUUCUGGUACACGUCUCAGCCCACUGGACCAUAAGCCAAAACUACUUUCAUCGCCUAUAAAAGAUGAAGAUUCUUCCAUUUCCUUCCCGAAGCCUCCAGUGGACCCAAUGGAGGUUAGGAAAGUCAGCAGUGCCCGGGCUCGCUUAUAUAGAACAGCUUCUCAGGGAAAUCUCAUUUCGGAUAAAAUAUUUCUUCCUGAUGAGAAUAAGGAGGGGGUAAAUUCUGAAGAACCAGCUACCAUGGAUGAUCUUUCAAGGAGAAGUAAUAAAAGUUGUUUUGCAGAACUAAGUCCACACUCCAAUUUUAAGGAUGAUGGUAUUCCACUAAUUUACAAUGAGCAUAAUACGGCAGAGGAGCAAGACUUCUUAAAAGGGGCAGUAGCAACAUCUACAUUGCAAUUCAGAAGUGGAAGCAGUUGUGUAACACUCAGGCCAUGUCUACACUACCCGCCGGAUCUAUCGAUCCCUGAUCACUCUGCCAUCGACUCCGGAACGCCACCACGGCGAGAGACGGAAGCGGAGUCGACGGGGGAAUGGCGGCUGUCGAUCCCGUGCUGCGAGGACGCGAAUGACCAAAUUAAAAAUGGUGACAAGGCUUCAUCAAAUCCAAGCAGCAGUGGCUGGAAUAAAUCAGGAAGCAAAACAGGCUCAGAGAAUGACUCAAGAGUAAAUGAAACAGAAGAGGAAGAAAACUACUGGAAUGUAAGGAUUGUACCAAUUAUGUAUGAAUUAGAGAAUGAAGAAAAUAUAGAAAACCUCUACCUUGCCUGCACCAGUCUCCAUCAAGCCUUGGAAGAAGGAAAUAUGUUUGGAAAGAGAUUUAAAAGAAGAAGUGCGCUUCUGAAGAUAUUAUAUAAACUAGUUGACAUUGGUUCAGACCCACUUGGCCUGAAACUGGCAAGAAUGAUUCUGGCUCUCAAAGUAAGUGGAAAGAAUCUGCUCAAUGUCUGCAAGCUUGUAUUUAAAAUUAGUAGAAAUGAGAAAAAUGAUUCGCUCAUUCAAAAUGAUGGUCUAUUGGAUUCUUUGUUGGAGAUCCUGAGAUUUGAAGAUCUACAAACAAACAGUGAGGCUUUUCUGUAUUGCUUGGGAGCAAUAAAAUUCAUUUCUGGAAAUGCAGUACUCCUUAAUGAACUGGUUAACAAAGGAGCUGUUGAAAUACUGGUUCAGUUCAUGAAGCAGAUUAAUAAUAUUAAAGAAAAUGACACACGUUUCUCCAACUUGGGCCACCUAUUAGUACAGGUGACAGCUACUUUGCGAAACUUGGUUGACUUACCUCUUUCAAGAUGCCAGCUCCUAUGUAGCGGUGCAGUUUCAGAGCUCUGGGUGGUGCUGGAGCAGCGUAUGAAUGAUAAGGAUAUAUGUACCAAUAUUGUCAGGAUAUUCAGCAAACUUUCAUCCUACAAUGACUGCUGUGCAGCUCUGGCAGACUGCUCCAGGUGUUAUGUUUUAUUUUUAGCCCUUCUAAACAAACACCAAAAGAAGCAGGAUUUAGUUGUCCGUGUUGUUUUCAUUCUUGGCAAUUUAACAGCGAAGAACAACCAGGCCCGUGAACAAUUUUUUAAAGAGAAAGGAAGUGCUGACACCUUGAUAUCAUUAUUCCAAACCUACAAUGAACUUGAUUUGAAUGCAAAAAAAAAAACACAUGAAGAAGAAGAAAACAAAUCAAAACAAAAGCAUCCUUCAGAAACAGAGGAUGUCCUUAUAAAACUUAUUAGAGUGCUUGCCAAUCUCUCCAUUCAUCCGAGUGUAGGUGCUGUUCUGGCAGCUAACCAUCGCAUUGUGGCAUUGCUUGUUACGGUUCUAGAAUACAAGUCAAUUGAUGACUGUGAGGAGCUGGUGAUCAACGCUACCGCAACAAUCAACAAUUUAUCCUACUACAAAGGGAGGAAUUCUGUAAUCGAACACAAGAAGCUACACAUCGCGGAGUUGCUUCUAAAGCUGCUAAUGAGCAGCAAUAUGGAUGGAAUUCUGGAGGCUGUUAGAGUCUUUGGCAAUCUUUCCCAAUACCGUGAAAUCUGUGACUUCAUCAUACAGAGGAAGGUAUACAAGUUCAUGAUUGCUUUGCUCGAUGCCAAACAUCAAGAUGUCUGCUUUUCUGCCUGUGGAGUUCUGCUAAACCUUACUGUGGAUAAGAACAAACGAGCUGUACUAAAGGAAGAAGGAGGAAUUAAGAAGUUAGUUGAUUGUUUAAGAGACUUUGGGCCUACAGACUGGCAAUUGGCUUGCUUGAUAUGCAAAACGCUGUGGAACUAUAGUGAAAAUAUCACAAGUCCUGCAUCAUGCUUUGAAGAAGAAGAUAUCAAUACACUCCUAGUGCUGCUUGCAUCAUUUUUAGAUGAGGAACUAGCAUUGGAUUACGACUUCGACAGAGAUUUAAGGGACUAUCACAAACUGUAUUGGGAAACAGAGUUCAAGCCUGUGGCACAGAAGCUUCUCAGCAGAAUUCAAAGCCCCCAUUCCUUCCUUCAGCCUAUCACUAUGACGUCAUUUUAACCUGGGGGCUGCUAAACUGUUAAUACAAACCACAGAAUAUUUCAGCUGUUUUAAAAUAGUAGUAGUAAAUGCAAACAGGAUUUGCUAUUAAUAUAUUGAAAACAACUCCAUUAAGUGCUGAUUAUCUUUGUAUGUAGAUUGUAUAUUUAACUAUUUCUGAUGCUACCUAUACAUUUUCAUUGGCAAACAUGUUGGACAUUAUGAGGAAAAUGAAUAAAAUUAAUUUAUCUCACAACUAGACUGAAUACUAUCUUUUGAGAAAGUUAUUUUAUAUAAUAUCACUUUAAACCGCUGCUUAAAAAAAUCACAUAAUUGAUGUAAUGUGGCUUUUCUAGUAAUUAAAUUCUGUUGGGGGUUUCUUUGGUGGAGAAGUUUGUUUACAGCUGAAAAAAGACUAUUUGAAUAAUUUGCCAAACUUACUUCUUGUAGUUAGAUUUUUUUCCCCCCCAGCAGUGGGCACAUG